AGUGUGUCAGGGGACUCGGCGAGGCGGAAGCCGGGCAUGGCUGGGGGCGGUGGCACCGCCCUGGCGGAGACGCUGCUGCUGUUGCUAGACUACGCGAGCUAGCCUUCGUCACUUCCUCAGCCCGCCGUCUGCCCACUCCACAGACCGGAACCCGGGGAGUGGGUGCAGACUUUUCCUCCGAGGUCCAGGACAGCGGUCGGCCGGGCAGCUGGAGUGGAGGCCACGCCACCUGCGGGGAAGAACCUGAGCCGAGGCGGGAAGAUGGCUGCAGACAAGCCCGCAGAUCAGGGAGCAGAGAAACAUGAGGGACCAGGUCAGUCUUCUGGGAUCACUGAUCAAGAGAAGGAGUUGUCCACCAAUGCUUUCCAAGCUUUCACAGCUGGAAAUUAUGAUGUAUGUCUGCAGCAUCUUGCCUGCCUACAAGAUAUAAACAAAGAUGAUUAUAAAAUAAUUUUGAACACAGCAGUAGCUGAAUUUUUUAAAAGUAACCAAACCACAACAGAUAGUUUGAGACAAACACUUAACCAGCUGAAGAAUCAGGUCCAUUCUGCUGUUGAAGAAAUGGAUGGAUUAGAUGAUGUUGAAAAUAGCAUGUUGUAUUACAAUCAAGCAGUGAUUCUUUAUCAUCUGCGGCAGUACACAGAAGCCAUAUCAGUUGGUGAAAAACUUUAUCAGUUUAUAGAGCCUUUUGAAGAAAAAUUUGCCCAAGCAGUGUGUUUUUUGCUUGUAGACCUCUAUAUAUUAACCUACCAAGCUGAGAAAGCUUUACAUCUUCUUGCUGUUUUGGAAAAAAUGAUUUCACAGGGCAACAAUAACAAAAAUGGAAAGAAUGAGGCUGGUAAUAACACCAACAAAGACACGUCUAACCAUAAAGGUGAAAGCGGAGCUCUAAUAGAAGCUGCAAAGUCAAAGAUACAUCAGUAUAAAGUAAGAGCUUAUAUCCAAAUGAAGUCCCUGAAGGCAUGCAAAAGGGAAAUCAAGUCAGUCAUGAACACAGCUGGGAAUUCUGCACCCUCUUUGUUUCUUAAAAGCAAUUUUGAAUACUUAAGAGGCAAUUAUCGGAAAGCUGUGAAGCUCCUGAAUAGUUCAAACAUUGCUGAGCAUCCAGGAUUCAUGAAAACAGGUGAAUGCUUGAGGUGCAUGUUCUGGAAUAAUCUUGGUUGUAUCCAUUUUGCCAUGAGCAAGCACAAUUUGGGAAUUUUCUACUUUAAAAAGGCUCUGCAGGAGAAUGACAAUGUCUGUGCACAGCUUAGUGCAGGCAGCACUGAUCCAGGCAAAAAAUUUUCAGGAAGACCCAUGUGUACAUUACUAACCAACAAGAGGUAUGAGUUGCUUUAUAACUGUGGGAUUCAGCUGCUUCACAUUGGAAGGCCUCUUGCUGCGUUUGAAUGUCUGAUCGAAGCUGUUCAGGUUUAUCAUGCAAACCCCCGCCUCUGGCUACGGCUGGCAGAAUGCUGCAUUGCUGCCAAUAAGGGGACUUCUGAACAAGAAACUAAAGGUCUUCCGAGUAAAAAAGGAAUUGUGCAGUCUAUUGUUGGUCAAGGCUAUCAUCGUAAAAUAGUUCUGGCAUCACAGUCCAUACAAAAUACUGUAUAUAAUGAUGGACAGUCUUCAGCCAUUCCUGUAGCCAGCAUGGAGUUUGCAGCCAUUUGUCUCAGAAAUGCUUUGUUGCUGUUACCUGAAGAACAGCAAGAUCCGAAGCAGGAGAAUGGCUCUAAAAAUAGUAAUCAGUUAGGUGGUAACGCGGAGAGCAGCGAGAGCAGUGACACUUGCAGCAGUAAAAGCCAUGAUGGGGAUAAAUUCAUUCCAGCACCACCUUCUUCUCCAUUGAGAAAACAGGAAUUAGAAAACCUAAAAUGCUCCAUCCUUGCCUGCAGUGCUUAUGUGGCUCUGGCUUUGGGUGAUAACCUUAUGGCUUUGAAUCAUGCAGAUAAACUUCUUCAGCAGCCCAAGCUGUCGGGAUCUCUGAAGUUUUUGGGCCAUUUAUAUGCUGCAGAAGCCCUCAUCUCUCUGGACAGAAUAUCUGAUGCUAUUACUCACUUGAACCCAGAAAAUGUUACUGAUGUCUCCUUAGGGAUCUCUUCAAAUGAGCAGGACCAAGGAUCAGACAAAGGUGAAAAUGAAGCAAUGGAAUCUUCUGGGAAGCGGGCCCCUCAGUGCUACCCCAGUUCUGUCAACUCGGCUCGGACCGUGAUGCUGUUCAACCUGGGCAGCGCCUACUGCCUGAGGAGCGAAUAUGACAAAGCCCGGAAGUGUCUGCACCAGGCGGCCUCAAUGAUCCAUCCUAAAGAGGUGCCCCCUGAAGCUAUCUUAUUGGCUGUCUACCUUGAGCUGCAGAAUGGUAACACCCAGCUGGCCCUACAGAUCAUCAAAAGGAAUCAGCUGCUCCCUGCAGUGAAAACACUCUCUGAAAUGAGAAAGAAGCCAGUGUUUCAGCCUGUCCACCCAAUCCAGCCCAUCCAAAUGCCAGCGUUCACUGUACAGAGAAAGUGAUAUUUUGCUCUCAGAAAACUGUUACCUGAGACCCAGGGGAGUAUUUAUGAGCCUUUUUAGUUGUAUGACAAAAUGAAUAAAAGACAGAUGGUGAUGGGUGCUAGUUUUGAAGACAAAAUUUUGAAAUGAUUCUAACCCCUGAUUUUUCUUUUUUUUGCCAGAAGCUUACUUAAAAUUAAGGAUUCGCAAAUUCAUUUUCAUCUGUUUUCCCUUUAAUCUUUGCUAGACUAUUAAUUUUGAGCCAUUAUGUGAUAUAUCUGUGUCAUAGGCUAUUAAACCAUGGUCUUAUCAGAACA